CUCCACCCUUCCUCAAAUAUCUUCUUAACAUUUCACACUUCACGCCUCAAGGCUCAAAUUCCUCCACUUAUUUUCUCCACUCAAAUUCUCUCUCCUCAAUUUUGCCGGCAACAAUGGCGACGGUGCUUGGAAACCUAGCAUUACCAGUAGACCUAACAUUACCGGCGAAGAUAAUCUCCGAUCACCGGAAAAAGCUCCGACUACUACCCUACGACAUCGUAUUAGGUCUAAGCUUGCCUAAGAGAGAGAAAGAGUUCCAGUUAUGGGGGGAGGUUUCGGAGAGAGGUAGUAGGGUUAGCUUCUCGAGGAAGUCGAAUGCUGUCGAGUAUUCGAGCGACGAAGAAAAUGGAAAUGGAAAUGGAAAUGGAAAUGGUGAAGAUGGAGGUAGUGAGGAUGAAGAGGUUUUUGAUUGGGAGACGCAGAUGAGGAAGAGAGUUAAGGAAUUGGAGGAGAUGAGAGAAUUGGAGAAGAAAGCUGAAGAGUUGCAAGGGAUGGUUGAUGAUGAGGUUAGUGAAAAUUUUGAUGAUGAAACUGAGGAGGAGAAGAAGAUGAGGGUUCGUAAAGAGCUCGAAAAGGUAGCAAAGGAGCAAGCUGAAAGGAGAGCGACUGCUAAGUUGAUGUUUGAGCUUGGUCAGAAGGCUUAUGGUAGGGGCAUGUAUGAACGAUCAAUUGAAUUUUUUGAAGCUGCACUGACAAUCAUUCCCAGACCUACGCUUUUCGGUGGCGAGAUACAAAUAUGGCUUGCUAUGGGGUAUGAGGCCAACAACCGACAUGCAGAUUGCAUUGCUCUUUAUCAGCAAUUAGAGAAAGGGCAUCCUAGUGUCAGCAUCCGCCGACAAGCCGCGGAACUUCGUUACAUCUUGCAAGCACCGAAAAUAAAGAUAACCCAGGAAGAGAUGGUAACAAUUCCAUUAAUUGGUUCUAGUUAUGACAGCUAUGCGUCGAGUUGGACCGACAAAAGCAAGGAUAGUGACGAAGUCAUUGGUGCUUCAACAGCAACACCAUACCCAUCAUCCAGAGACUAUAUGUGGGAACUCCUGAAGUGGAAGCCCCCUAGUGGCUUGGAGAAUAAUCGCGUUUUUUGGGCUGCAGUGACAUUAUGGUUGGGUUUGGUCGGAGCUGCACUCUUUAUUCAGAGAUGAUCGGACAUACAUCCUUCCAUAUCCCUAUAUAAGUAGAAUCCUUCAAUUAUUGUUUCUGAAUAUUUUUACUGUUGGUCUGUUUGGUCUGUUGGAUAUGUAAAUAUAUGUGCAGUGUUUAGUAUGAAUUGUAUAAUAGUAGAGCAGAGAUAGAUUUGUAUUCUUUCUGUAACUGUCGUCAAUAUUAGAUCAGUAUUCUAAACCUUUUCUAGUA